AUGCCCCGCGGCCGAAAGCGCCCGGCUCCGUUCCCUGCCUUCUCCCCCUUCUCUCGCUCCCUCAUCUUCUCCGCGGCAGCCGCUGCCGUCCCCAAACCCUUAAUCCCUAGCCCGGAUUACGCCACCCAAUGCAUCCCUUGCUCACCAGGCAACAUGCCGCGGCCGCCGUCCAAGCGCGCGAAGAGGGCCGAGCCCUCCAGCGACGAGGAGCGCAUCAGCAGCGAAAGCGAGGAAGAGAGCUUUAGCGCCAGCGAUAGCGACGGCGACGACGGGGAGGAGUCUUCGGAGGAGCUCGAGACGGUGCAAGCGGACUUUGCCUUCUUCGAUCCCAAGCCGAGCGACUUCCACGGCGUCAGGCUCCUGCUCAAGACGUACCUCGACUCCAAACCCUGGGACCUCACCGGCUUCGUCGACCUCAUCCUCGCACAGACCACUGUUGGCACGGUUGUCAAGUUGGCCGAUGACGAUGGGGAGGAAGGGGAAGGAAAUGGCGGUGACAAGACCAACGCUGGUGGCAAUGAUGAUGAUGAUCUGUUUGGUCUCAUUAGCGUCCUUAAUUUGGGACGAUACGCUGAGCACCGAUGCGUCAAGGAUCUUAAGGAGUAUCUGCUCGCAGCUUGCUCUGACAAGGAUUCCAAGAAGCAGCUCAAGUCCCUGCUGGAAGAGAAGGCAUCUAGUGUGGGCCUGCUGGUGUGUCGCCGCUUUGUCAAUUUCCCUUAUGAGCUUGUGCCUAAGCUGUACGAUUCACUCUUUGAUGAGGUUUCCUGGGCAACAGAAGAUGAGCCAACACAAGAACUCCGGGACUCCUUCCGAUUCAAACAUUACCUGCUGCUCGUCAGAAUGCUUGAGAGGAAAACCCCCGCAAAACACAAAGCAAAGAACAGCAAAGAUGAUGAUGAACCUAUUAUCUAUCCAAAGUUAGAGGAUGAAAUUUUUAAUGAGCUUAGCUCAUGGUCUUUCACUUUUCCAAUACAUUCUGAACAGUCAUCUCAACAGGAGAUGAAGAAUUACAAAGAGAUGGGCUUGGUGAUGGCAGUUAAAGCUGAGGCAAUUCCAAAAUUCCGCAAGAAGCUGGAGGCUUUGGUGUGCGAAUAGUAGUCCUUUUGAACCUUGUUGGCCAUAGUGGAAUUUUGCUGCUGUCCACAGGGCAUUUUGCUACACAAAGUACAAUUAUGAUUGUGACUCUAAGAGUGUGAAUGCAUUGUCGCUAGCAGUGCCAUAGAUGUAAUGGUGUUGAUCUGCGAAGCAGUUACUUAUGAACUAAUCCAAUCUUUCAUGUACUGAUAUUAACAGACUUUGAAGUUCUAUUGGUAGCCUCGUAGAUAAAUAUUUUAUCCAUGGGCACUAAAGUAAGCUGCUGUGGACCGUGGUUCAAA